AUGGCGAGAUUGCCCUGCCUGAUGGGGCUGCUGACCUUGCUGAUGUCCUCUGUCGCUCCACCGGUGCCUCCCGCUCCGGGCAGCCCCCUGUCAGACAGCGAGUAUCGGCUCUUCUUUGCCAGCCUGCGGCCCCCCUGGAAGGCGGACGUGUCCUGCCAGCUGCGCCAGGCACACGGCUGCCUCAGCCCCGCCAUCCUGCAGCUGGACCAGGAGGAGAACCACGGCCGUGUCCCCGAAGGGCCGGUCUGCUCUGACUUCCUGGAGGUGCCGUGGUUUCAGACCUUCUGCCAGUUCACCCAGUACCGCUGCUUCAAACGCCAGUUCUACAUCAAGCGAAUCCCAUGUCCGAGUUUGUCCUCUCCAAAAAAGCUUCUCCUCCCGACGGAGCGACCCCAUGCUGUGGGCUCCUGGGCAAGGGGCAAAAGCUCCCCUACGGAAGAAGGUACGGCUUCUCUCUUGCCCACUGAUGCCCUGCUGCGUGCCAACGUGGAUGCUCUCCUGAAGUACUCCUACGCACUGUCGAGUCAGAAACCGCUGCCAAGGACUCCCCCGGCCAUGCCGGGGGUGCCGAGACCCCUGCAGUACAAGGGGCUGCCUGUGCUUCUACCGACCCUGCCAGUCCCGGCUGCCCCUGCCCCCUCACCUCCCACGCUGGGAUCCCCUGCCCGGGCAGAGCAAGCCUGGGAGCAACGCCUGCAGAACAGCGUCUGGCAGCUGAUCCACUUGGCCCUCUCCUUGGAGACGUCUCUGGGCACCGAGGGCUCUUCUCCGGACUCCGGCACCAAGUCAGACCCAGGGACCACGUCAGGCAGCGCCGAGGAGGGGGUGCAGGAAACAGCCCCUCGUGGCAGCCUUUUAGCCCUGAAGAAGGAUGAGGCAGUGCUGAUCCUGUGCUAUGCAAUGCUGGAGGGAAACUGUCUCUCGUCGGUGGUCACCCAGGCCUGGAAGGAGAUGGAAGAAAGAGUCCUUGGGUUUGGAGAUGCGGUGUGUGACAGCCUCGGGCGGCGUCACAUGGACCUGUGCCCUGACUGUGCUUUCUGCUCGCUGAAGAGGGAGCAGUGUCAGAACAUCAAAAAGCUGAACCGUGUUCGCUGUGAGACAGGCAGCUUCACCACCUACAUCAGCCCUCAGAUCUUAGCCCAGCACCAGGCUGCAGGCAACAAGACCAGCUCCCCAGAGACCUUGGAGUACUAUGGCAUGGAGGUUUUUAGAGGGCUGAGGGCGGAGUACUGGUGCAGCCGGAUAGCCACCCAUGGCUGUGAGGACCCUCGUGUGACCCUCUGGCUGAAGGCAGAGUACUCUGCUUUCCAAGAUGGAGAUGCCCCAAGCCAGAUCUGCGACUCAGGUGGAGUUCAGCACCCCAGCUACUGCGCGUUCAAGAGCCACCAGUGUCUCCAGCAGAGCCUCUACAACCAGAGGGUGUCUCGCCGUGGCUGCCACAGAAACGAGACGUACCGGGUGCUGAGUGAGAAGGAGGGAGAGGAGGAGGUGCGGCUGUGGCACCAGAGGUUCCUCAGCCUCACCAAGGGGUGA